AUGGAGACGAGUAAUAUCACCGACCUGAUGCCGUCACCACCAAUGUCAUCCGAGCCACCUGCUGGCCUCCUUACCGUUCCUCUGGAGAUCCGUCUCCAAAUCUACUCCUACCUCCUCGAGGUCCCAGAGUUCUCUCCAUACACUCUCCCCUCGAAAAAGGCUCCCGUAGCCGGUGCUCUGCUACGGACCAACCGCCAGAUCAAUUGGGAGGCCACGCCCUUCCUGUACGCCCACAACACCUUUAUUGCCCACCCAUCUCUCCUCGCCACAUUCCCGCGCCUGCGUCCCAACCUCAGACCCGUCUCGGAUCCCUACGCCAUUUCUCUCAUCCACCGCUUCCACCUCACUGUGCACCUGGACAGCGAUCUGCCUUAUGAAGCCAAGGCUCUCACCGAGUCCUUCACCGGCGCCGAGGAGCUGACUCUCCACCUCGUCCAGUUUGGCUUUUGCGGCGUCGGCUACGCGAACCUCCGUCAAUUCGAGGGAAUCCGCGGCGUCAAGCGUGUUGUCAUCGAGGGCAGCACGACGGGGUUCGAGGACUACAUCGAGUGGCUUCGAAAAACCAUGAUGAGCGAGCCGGACGCGCCGAUAGAGGAGUUCAAGCACGAGCACGUAACUCUGGCAGAUCGUCUGGCACGCGGCUACUUGGCCUAA